AUGGCUUCUUCUUCUCUACCACUCUCUCUCCCAUUUCCUCUCCGAUCUCGUAGUAGUAACACUCGAGCUCUACCUUUCAAAUAUUCCCCUCUCUUUCGUUCUCUUCCUACUUCAAUCGUUUGCUUCUCCACUCAAAACCCCUCCGGCUACGACCGGGAAGAGCAGAGAUGGAUUCGCGAGGAGCAAAGAUGGAUUCGGGAGGAACAGCGUUGGAUUCGCGAGCGUGAAGCUCUUCUACGAGAAAUCUCAGAUCUCCAGCUUCAAAUCCAAACCCUAGAGUCUCGAAAUUCGCAGCAGGGGACUUCUGCUCCCGAUACGAUUUCGAAUAUCGCUGCUCUGCUUCAGGUUUUGAAAGAGAAGAAUCGGAUUUCAGAGAGUGGAUCGAGCUUAAAGCCGAUGGUAUUGGAGAAUACGAGAGAAAUCGUAGAGGAAGUGGAAGUUGAAGAGGAAGAGGAGGUAGAGAAACGAGUAAUUGCUGAAGAGAAGUUUAGGGUAAUUUCGGAGCCAGUGAAGAAGAGGAGGACAUUGAAGAUGGGAAGUGAAGGCGAAGAGGUUCAAGCUAUGCAGGAAGCUCUGCUGAAAUUAGGAUUCUAUUCGGGUGAGGAGGACAUGGAGUUUUCCAGCUUCUCAAGUGGGACAGCAAGAGCUGUGAAGACCUGGCAAGCAUCGCUUGACCUCCGUGAGGAUGGGAUAAUGACACCAGAGCUCCUUCAGAGGUUGUUCAUGGAUCAAAUAACGGAGGAAGACAUAAAAACAGAUAAGGAUGAAGCAAGUACAACGAAGCAAGAGGAAGCUAGUAACGGAGCGGUAAAGACACAAGUCUCUGAGAAGAAGCAGUCAAUCGUAAAAGAUCAAAGUAACAGAGAAGGUGAGGCUUCUCAACACCGGGUUUUCCUUCUCGGAGAAAACCGAUGGGAAGAUCCUUCCAGGCUCAACAAAACGGUAGACACAAGUAAAUCAACAGGUGCCAAACCCAAGUGCGUCACUUGUCGAGGAGAGGGUCGAUUGUUAUGCCUAGAGUGUGAUGGAACCGGAGAACCAAACAUUGAGCCACAGUUUAUGGAGUGGGUUGGUGAAGAUACCAAGUGUGCGUACUGUGAAGGUCUUGGCUAUAUAGUUUGUGAUGUCUGCGACGGCAAAUAA